ACCUGAAUGACUGGGUUCGUUUUUAAGAGAGAAUUGUCGAAAGCGUUUAAAGACACUACGACCUUUAAACUGGCCUCGAAGAACACUAACGGUUUAAGAAAUAAUCUGAAUAGACCGGAAGAGCUGAAUAUUUAUUACCAAGGCAGCCAAGAUGGCGAGAAACAUACGAAGCCAGGUACUCAUCAACUAAAAUCAUUUUUAUCUUCACGAAUUGAGUCCACAUACGAUUCCAAGUUGAACAACAUCACACAUUAUUUAGAUAACGACCUACAGGAGGCUAAAAAUAACAUAAUUUACAUUCGAAGCGUCCUUGAAAAACUUUGCAGGGAACUUCGUUCCAACUCAUCGCCUUUACCGGAAGUCGAUAAUCCUGAAAACACUACGUCGACGAAUCAGCCAAACAAACUAUCGAUUCCUUAAAAACAAUUCUUAAAUUACUUUUACCAUCUAUGUGGUAAUAUAUUCACGAGAAAUUCAA